AUGAACAGGAUCAAAGAGACACUAGCUAGACUAGCCCGUGUCGCUCGCGGCUCGCGCGACCCGUCGACCUCUUCUAGCCUGCGGCUAGACCGCGUUGGUCGGUCGAGCAGCUCGACGCUGGACUCGCGGGAUAAGGUUCUCGUGCGUGCCGACGGUCGGGGCCCGCUCAUCCUUUUCGACUCGACGCAAGAUGGCGAAGAUGGCACCGAUAUCGUCUUCGUCCACGGAUUGUUUGGCAGCCGGUCGGGCAGCUGGACCAAAGGGGGCGUCUGCUACCCACGUGAUUUUCUCGGGCAGGAUAUCCCGGGCGUCAGGAUAAUCGCGUGGGGAUGGACCGGUGCCCUGAGCAGCAGCGGCACCUUCGCCGAACAGGCGGAGGCCUUGUUGACCGACAUCACCCGCGUCCGCAGCGGCACAACUCGGCCCAUCAUCUUCGUCGGCCACGGUCUCGGCGGCCUUAUCAUCAAGGAGGCUCUCGUCACCGCCGCCAUGUCGCGUAUUUACGGUGCCCAUGUCGAGCUUGGCAAUGUGUACCCGCGGACGAUCGGCUGUGUCUUCUUGGGCACGCCUCAUGUCCGGAGCGGAAAGCGUUCUCUGGGCGAAUGCAUCGCCGCCACCGCUUUGCUCUCGCCUACCAUGCCCAGCCCUCAACUUCUGCGAUCAUUCAAGGAGAGCGACAAGGCCUUCGAGAACCAGCACAGCACCUGGCUGAUGAUUUCGAGAGACACCAGAGUGGUGUGUAUCCGAGAAAAGUUCCCCUCGACCAUCGCGGCCUCCAGCGAGCUGAUGAGGGACGUCGACGGCCUGGACCUGGGCAAGGGAGCGAUGCAAAUCAUGGUCCCGAGAGAGUCGGCGGCCUACGAUGGCUUCAACGUAACCAGGCACGAGAUGGCGGCAAACCACCUUGACCUCGCGAGGUUCAAAAGCAGAGACGAGCCCGGAUACUCGCAGAUGAUCACGUAUGUCACCAAAACAUCGUCCGGUCCGACGCCCGCCGAGAUUGAGGCUCGGGAGCCUCGAAACCAAGAAAUUCUUAACGCCCUUUAUUUCGACACUAUGACCGAACGCGAGUCGCGCAUCGACCCAGCCUACGGUCAAACUUGCGAAUGGGUGCUGUCGCCCAGUCUGUCUAAUUUCCCUCAAUUUCUCAAGUCUAAGGAUCCUGUCCUAUGGAUCAGCGGUAACGCCGGUUCGGGCAAAUCAACGCUCAUGAAGCACAUAUGGAACUCGCCGAAGAUGCAACAACUUCUCCUCGACGGGUGGGCGAGCGGGGGCGAUUUACACAAGGCCUGCUUCUUCAUGUUCGAAGGAGGCAACCGAAUCCAGAAAUCUUACGAAGGAUUCCUCAGGAGUGUCCUGUACCAGAUUUUGUCUACGAGGCGAGAUCUCAUCCGUGUUGCUUUCCCCAGCUUCUUUGACUGCCCUUGGCCGCCCCCGGUACUAUUCACGAGCACCAAUAACUUGAACCAGGGCUUCUACUCCCUCUUCGCUCACAUGUCUCAGACCCUCCGUCUCUUCGUUUUCAUCGACGGACUCGACGAAUAUCGUAUCAUGGAAAGGAAGGACCACUACGAGCAGAAGGAGUUGGACGUUACUUACGACAAAGACACUGGUGACGAGUCCUGGGGGUUAAGCAAGUGGGCCUCGGAUUCGCACGUCGAAAUCGCCAAGCUGGUAGUUAGUAUGGCGAAUAAGGAUGUCAUUAAGUUCGUUGUCACCUCCCGCGAGCUCCCUGUGUUUGACGAAGCAUUCGCCGAGUUCCCCAGGAUCAAGCUCCAGGAUCACACCGAGCGGUCGAUCACGCAGUACGUUGCAGGCCGACUCGAAGACGAAGCGCCGGGCCUGCCUGACAGCAAAAACCUCUGCAAGGAAGUGGCUCAAAAAAGUCGCGGCGAUAUACUGUGGGCAAGGUUAGCCAUCGACAUGGUGGUCGGCUGUAGUCUUCGCACCUUGAGAGCAACGCUUGAUUCUCUACCGGCACAUUUAGGUGGCCCUGACGGCUUGUACAUGCGCAUGCUGGAGAAUCUGUCACCAGAUCAGCAGCAGAGUGCGUCUAGGAUUUUCCACCUCGUUCUUCGAGCGCAGCAGCCACCUACUUUGGUGACCCUCGCUCUUGCAGACGAGGGGUAUUUACACGCUGCUACGCAGGAUCUACGAAUCGUCCACGACAACGCACGUCCUUACGACAACGCAUCCAUCCAACGUCUAUCGGAUAACAUGCAACGCCGCUUGCAUAGCUGCUGCGCCGGGCUCCUCGUUGCCGAGACUGGCCCAUCGGCCAAUGCUAAUUCUACCGAGACAGGCCAUCGGGUGGUUUUCGUACACCAAACUGCUAAGGAGUGGGUACGUCGUAAGGACAUCUGGUUGCGGCUGCCGGGCUGCGCGCCUCUCGAUACCGUCGAGCUCGAUUUCUCGCUGCUGAGCGGAUGCGCAAGGCACAUAAAGGCCUUCGAUGUGAUGCGACCGCCCGUCCUGGCGUGGCCCAACUGGCGGUUCCGACCGGAUGCUUGGUUGCUGAUCGCGAACGCGCUGCGGUACGCCGAGAGGAUUGACGGCGAGGUCUCCGACAUAAAGAGAUACUGCGAAUUGCUGGACGAAUUGGACAGCGCCUGCCAAUCAGCCUGGGUCACGGCGCUCAAGAACCACAAGCCCCUUCACGAGGAUCCCGACUGGUACGAGAGUAGGCUGCCGAGCUUCUGCCGGAAGCACUGGGCAAGCUACGAGCCGAUGGACGCUGGCAAGCCGCCAAAGCGAAAGGACUUCCUGUCCCUCGCCAUGCAGGCUAAUCUUGUUCGAUAUGUUAGUGCGAAGUUGAAGCAGAUGGACAAGGAUAAGAGGGCCAAGAAGGCUCACGACCUGCUGCCGUACCUGGUCUGCCCCAAAGCCGAGGGCUUCAGCGCCUGCGCCAGUCUCAGCGGAGAUUACCUCGAUUUCCACCACGACAUGCCGGACUCCCGAUUUCUAGAAAUUCUUUUCGACUCGGGCGCAUCCCCGCGGGACGAAGACCGGAUAUUCCAGAAAGCCCUGAAGGCGGGGCGUCACUACUUCUCGCGGGGCAGCGUGACAAUGACGCAUCUUAUGGAGACGUCGUCUAGCGCGCGGCUGAUGGAGAACCGGCAGCGGUGGGUGGCGGCCAUCAAGUCGAUGCUGAUGCACGGCGCAGACCCCAACGUCGAGAUACAGGUUUCCAACGGGUCCGGAGAGAACCAAUCGACGACGACGGUAGCGGCGGUGGACCUGAUCCGGGAGACGCUCGAAGGCGAGCCCGAGUACGCAGUGGAGCUCGUCGAGAUGGAAGCCCUGAUGGGCAGAAGAGGGAGUGUCGGCAUCGCCAGGUGA